GUGGCGCAGCAGGGCGGCCAGGCUAUAAGAGAUGUUACGCUCAGGACCAGACCUGCUCCAGCCCGAGUGGAUCUCGCUACUUCGUCAAGAUGAGCAAGACCCCCCAGGCCCAGGAGCAGCUCUCUGAGCUGGAGAAGGCCAUGGAUGUCAUCAUUGAUGUCUUCCACCAGUACUCGAGACGGGAGGGGGACAGAGACACCCUGACCAAGAAUGAGCUGAAGCUCCUCAUCGAGAAGCAGCUUGUGAACUACCUGAGGCACGUGAGAAACAAGGCCACCAUUGACCAAAUCAUGAAGGACCUCGAUACCAACAGAGACGCGCAGAUCUGCUUCAGCGAGGUGAUGUUGCUCAUCACCCGUGUGACCAUCGCCACCCACGAACACCUCCACGACGUUGAGGACCAGCAGCAGCAGCAGAAACAGCAGCACCAACACCACCACUGAGACGGGCGGCCGUCCCCAGCCAAAGGCAGCCACGCAGUGCUCACAGCUUUCUCCCUUCCCUCCUCCUCUGCCCACCUCCCUCCUCCUUUCCUUCCUUCAAGUUUGAUGGUUUUUGCUGCCCAAUAAAGAUUUGCCCUGAGGCUGU